AUGUCCAGAACUCACGAAAUUGAAUUCUUGGCCAACAAUUUCAUUAUUUACCAUUUUUCUACCGCUGCCAUUCUACUUGAACGGAACGACGUCUCGAGACGCUCCACCUCUGAAGCCAACAUAUUAUCGAAGAAAUUGAGAACUACAAUUUCCAAAAUCAGUAACCUCCUAAAUUCCCAAAUGACACAAAAAAUAGGCUGUCUACAGCUUUGUCUAUGCCGUCACACUGUAUGGAUGGAAGCAACGAGACGCCUCGAUUCCCGCUGUCUGUCCCCCACGCCCGGAUAG